UGCCCCAGCUACCAGUCCUACUUCCGGACCAUCGAGGAGCUCCAGCAGAAGAUUCUGUGUGCCAAGUCUGAGAACUCCAGACUGGUGGUGCAGAUCGACAAUGCCAAGCUGGCCUCUGAUGACUUCAGAACCAAGUAUGAGACCGAGAUGUCCCUGCGGCAGCUGGUAGAGUCAGACAUCAACAGUCUGCGCAGGAUCCUGGACGAGCUGACUCUGUGCAAGUCUGACCUGGAGGCCCAGGUGGAGUCCCUGAGGGAGGAGCUGCUGUCCCUCAAGCAGACCCAUGAGGAGGCUCCCCUGCAAUCCAUGUGCCACCACCAACGCUAG